AUGACGUCGAAUGGUCUAAUUGCACGAAGACGGCUCGUAGUGCAAGUUGGACGACAUCGAAUCAGCUUAGCUAGCAGACGAGUACAAGAACACGAAGCGUUCGAGUUGAUCGUACAUCCGGAGUACAGCGUCAACAGUAUCCGCCACGAUAUCGCUCUGAUUAUGCUCGCUACCGAUAUCACCUAUACCGACUACAUCCAACCGAUUUGCUUGUGGAAUCGAGGCGAUGAUCUGCGCUUGAUCGAGGGCUCUUGGGGAACGGUGAUCGGAUUUGGUAUUGAUGAGACUGAUGAUACUUCUGACACACUGCGUGAAGCUACCAUUCCCGUCGUUAGCCAUAUCACCUGA